AUGACGCGCAGAGGAAGCAUAUCAGCUGGGACUUUCGUCGAGCAGUUGGUGUGCAUACAAAGGGUCAUCCAGCAACUGUUUAAGGGGUCGUUCAUGGAGUUCCUUACCAAUUUUCCAGCAUUCCAAGGGGUCGUGCGACCCCUCUUGUCCCAACGUGCGUCUGCCCUUGAAAGUAAUGAUGCUGACACCAAGAGACACAUCGGUAUGGAGUCACAAGAGAUUAUGGAUCCAAAAUCUUCAACACUUAGAGAACCAUAA